AUGGACAAGCCAGAGAUGUACAGUCGCAACGGCGCGGACCUCGUGGUGACUGCCGCGAAAUAUGUUGACCAGCUGUGGCCGGUGCUCACGUGGCCCGAGCCGCCAUUGCCCGCGCUGGACAUCGGCUGCGGGCCCGGCGACAUCGCCAGCAAGGUUUUAGCCCCGCGGCUCCCACCUGGCACGAAGCUGGUGGCCUGCGACAUCAGCCCGGAGAUGGUGGAGUUCGGCAGGCAGCACAACUCACACGCUGGCGCCAUCACGUUCGAGCGCCUGGACCUUUUGGAACCUGAUCUGGAGAACUCCGCCGUGUGGCAGUACACGCCCUUUGGCAAGGUGUUCGCCUUCAUGCUGAUGCACUGGGUGCCUGACCCCAGGCGUGGUGUCCAGAAUGUGCACAAACUGCUGUCGGUAGGCGGAGAAGCUGUUUUCACAAUGAUAGCUAACAUGGGACUUUUCGCUGCGUAUGAGGAAAUGGCUAAAGACCCUCGCUGGGCGCAGUACAUGCAGGACGUGGAGAAAUUCGUAUCUCCAUACCAGCACAGUGAGGACCCAGCCAGCGAGUUCCGUCAGCUGCUGCAGAGCGAGGGCUUCCAGGUUCUGCGCUGUGACCUGAGUCCGCACUCGUUCGUCUGCGCAUCUGAGGCGGAACGCAGAGAUCUCUUGACAUCGGCGUGUGCAUUCGUAAACCGCGUGCCAGAAGACCUAAAGGAUGAUUUCAUUGAUGACUGGAUACAGCGUGCAGAGAAACUGAAGGGUUUAUCAAAGGAUACGGAAGGGCCAAAGUGCUACAUCGACAUCGCGUCAUUGGUGGCCGCAGCCAGAAAACUGUAG